AGCAGAGACCGAAGGCUAUGCCGCAGCCACAUCGUUGAUUUAUUACACAGUGGCGAAGUGACAAAAGCCCGAAAAUCGAUCUCAGCUGGUGAACAAGGCGCCCCUUUAAAGUGGGAGUAAAAGAAGCGAUCUCGCCAAGGAGCUCCGACGAGCGGCGACCGCGUUUCAGCGGCGAACGUGUUUGUAAACAACGACGUAGCCGGCUGGAAUUCCCCGUCGAGGGCUUCGGCAACGCCCACCCGGCGCCUUGGAGAAAGGCGCCAACAGCGACCGCGCUGUCCCACUUCGCGCUCAUUGGGCCAGCGACAUCGUUUAAACAUCGCUGCGAGGAUCACUGUCAGGCAUUUCAAGCAUGGCCGUCAACAAGCUUGGAGAUUCCGUACUCAAUUUCGCCGUGGACUUGUACCACCAGCUGUCGCCAAAGGGCGUCCAUAAAGAGAACAUCGUUUUUUCGCCAUUCAGCAUCUCGGCUGCUCUUUCAAUGGCUCUUGGAGGUGCACGGAACAGAACUGCCAAGGAAAUGUCGGCUGUCCUUCGAGUCGACGGCAAACAGAUCCACAACCAUUUUUCUGACUUCCUCUCGAAACUACCAUCCUACGCUGCCGACGUGAAGCUCCAUAUUGCCAACCGAAUGUACUGCGAACAGACGUUUCCAGUCUUGGACAGCUACCUGGCUCUUUUGCGCGACAGCUAUGGAGCUACUAUCGAGUCCGUCGAUUUCAGGAACGACCACGAGAACAUUCGACGGCAAGUCAACGGCUGGGUUGAACGAGCCACAGAAUCCAAGAUAAGAAAUCUCCUUCCCGAAGGUAGCGUGAACGCUUUUACCACUCUUAUCCUGGUGAACGCCAUCUACUUUAAGGGCUUCUGGAAGUCACAGUUCAACCGAGAUGCUACUCGUAGUUCCGAUUUCCACCUGGACUCCAAAAACAAGAAACUGGUUGACAUGAUGUACCGCAAAGACCGUUAUAGCAUGGCCAGAAGCGAGGAACUCGGUGUCACGGCCCUCGAGAUACCAUACCGAGGCGGGAAGACUUCCAUGGUCGUGCUUCUACCCAACGACGUCGAAGGACUGUCCAACCUUGAGGAGCGGUUGACGGCACCGAAGCUCGCUAAACUGCUGAACAAUCUUGGCGGCUUUGCGGACGUUGAGCUAUGUCUGCCGAAGUUCAAAUUGGAACAGGCGAUCGGUCUGAAGGAAACGCUGCAAGAAAUGGGAAUCAAUGAUUUCUUCUCUUCGGAAGCCGACCUGUCCGGCAUUAGCGAGAAGGAAAAUCUGUCAGCUUCCGAUGUGGUGCACAAGGCGUUCGUAGAAGUAAAUGAAGAGGGCACCGAAGCCGCGGCUGCCACAGCAGUGGUGAUGUUAGAUUGCUGCAUGUCCUCUAUGCCGCCACAGACCUACAAGUUCGUUGCGGAUCGGCCAUUUAUGUUCCUCAUUCGUAGCUGCGACCCAGAUCUCGUGCUCUUCAUGGGCUCCGUUCGUGACUUGUAACUGA